GUUAAAUUCAAAUACCAACCAUCAAUAAUUUUUCAUCAAUCUUAUUCUUGUUCUUCUUCAAAUUCUUCUUCUUCUUCUUCUCAAAAAAAAAAAUAAAAAAAUGGAGUUGGAAUUUAAUUUUUUCAUGAUUUGUUCUACUAUAAUCUUUUUACUAGCUUUAAUAAUCCUCUUAAUCUCCCAAAAAAAAUCAUCAUUUUUUUCUAAUUACAAUUUACCUCCAGGACCAAAUGGACUACCAAUUUUUGGUAAUAUUUUUGAUCUUGCUGGAUCAGAACCAUACAAAAAAAUUGCAAAUUUAAAAGACAAAUUUGGCCCUAUUUUAUGGCUAAAAAUUGGUUAUUCAAUGGACAUUAUGGUAAUUCAAACAGCAAAAUUAUCAAGUGAAUUAUUCAAAAAUCAUGAUGUUACAUUUUGUGAUAGGAAUAUAAUUGAUGUUAAUUUAGCACAUAAUUUUUUCCAAGGUUCAAUGGCUUUAGCUCCCUAUGGUAAUUAUUGGCGAUUUUUACGACGAAUUUGGACCGUUGAAAUGUUCGUGAAUAAAAGGAUCAGCGAGACAACACGUGUCAGAAGAGAAUGUAUGGAUAAAAUGCUAGGAUGGAUCGAUAAAAAGGCGAGUUUAGGAGGUGGAGAAGGGAUUGAAGUGACACGUUAUGUGUUUUUAGCGUCAUUUAACACGUUAGGUAAGUUGUUUUUGUCUAAGGAUUUAGUGGCCGAUCCAGAAUCUGAACAAGGGUCGGAGUUUUUUAACGCGAUGAAGGGAAUCAUGGAGUGGGCCGGGGUUCCGAAUAUUUCGGAUAUUUUUCCAUUUCUAAAAAUAUUUGAUUUACAAGGUUUAAGGAAAAAAAUGGAACGGGAUAUGGGAAAAGCUAAAGAAAUUAUUAAGAAAUUUAUUGAAGAAAGAAAAAAGGGUGACGAAAAUACGUCAAAUAAAGAUUUAUUGGAUGUAUUGCUUAAUUUUAACGGCAGUGGAAAAGAUGAACCAGCUAAAUUAUCAGAACAUGAAGUCACAGUGACUAUACUGGAAAUGUUUCUAGCUGGAACAGAAACAACAAGUAGCAGUGUGGAGUGGGCAUUGACUGAGCUAUUGUGCCAUCCACAUGCAAUGGACAAAGUAAAAUUAGAAAUUUCACAAGUAAUUGGUCCAAAUAAAAAGUUCGAAGAGUGUGACAUAGACAGUCUGCCUUACAUGCAAGCCGUGUUGAAAGAAUCGCUACGCUUACAUCCUCCGCUCCCUUUCUUGAUUCCAAGAAAAGCAAUUCAAGACACAAAGUUCAUGGGGUACGACGUACCAAAAGGGACUCAGGUGCUCGUGAACGCCUGGGCGAUUGGAAGAGAUCCUGAAUGCUGGGACCACGACGACGACGACCCUUCUGAGUUCAAGCCCGAGAGGUUUCUUGAUUCAAACGUAGACGUUAAGAGGCAAAACUAUGAGUUGAUUCCAUUUGGUGCUGGCAGAAGAAUGUGCGUUGGCCUUCCAUUAGGUCAUCGCAUGAUACAUUUCGCGCUUGGAUCGUUGCUUCACGAAUUCGAUUGGGAACUUCCUCAUAAUGUAUCUCCAAAAUCAAUUAACAUGGAGGAAAGUAUGGGAAUUACAGCAAGAAAAAAACAACCAUUGAAAGUGAUACCAAAAAGAGCUUGAAAUUAGUUGUAUACAAAUUAUGUAUAUUUGUUGUAGGUGAAUGGUUUAAUAAUGUGUAAAAAGUCGAUGUACAAACACAUGUUAUGCAUCUGGUCUAUCGACCUGAUAUAAACACUCAGUGCGUGGUAGAGUUGGAUCGAUAUUAGACCCUUUGUUUUAA